CAGACGCGGGAGGGCGAGGCGGCCAUGGCGGCGGCGGGCUCGGGCUCGGACGGCGGCGAUGCCGGCGACGGGGACGGGGGAGACGGCGAGUCCGAGCACUUCGACUGCAAGAGCCACUGCUCGGAGCUGUCCCGCCGCCAGAACGAGCAGAGGAAGCGCGGCCUGUUCUGCGACCUGACGCUGGCGGUGGGAGGCCGCGAGUUCCGCGCCCACCGCUCGGUGCUGGCCGCCGCCACCGACUACUUCGAGCCGCUGCUCGGCGGCAACUUCGAGGAGUCGCGCUCGGAGCGGGUGGAGAUGCGCAAGUGGAGCACGGAGCCCGGGCCCGAGGCCGACACGGUGGAGGCCGUGCUGCAGUACAUGUACACCGGCGCCAUCCGCGUCUGCACCGGCACCGUGCAUGAGGUACUCGAGCUGGCCGACAGGUUCCUCUUGCUUCAGUUGAAAGAAUUCUGUGGGGAGUUUCUGAAGAAGAAGCUGAAUCUUACCAACUGUGUGGCAGUUCACAGCUUGGCGCACAUGUACUCCCUGGACCAACUGGCAUUGAAAGCAGCUGACAUGAUUCGCAGGGACUUCUCAAAUGUGGUGCAGGACGAUGAGUUCUACACUCUGCCUUUCCAUCUGGUCAGGGACUGGCUGUCGGACCCUGAAAUCACAGUGGAUUCGGAGGAAGUUCUGUUUGAAGCGGUGUUGAAGUGGGUGCACCGAAACCCAGAGGAAAGGGAGAAGCACUUUGAGGAGUUGUUUCAACUCUUGCGACUGCCCCAGAUGAAGCCCACUUUCCUCACCCGCAUCAUUAAAACUGAGCGACUGGUGGCUGAUAACGCCAACUGUCUGCGACUGGUUUCAGAAGCGGUGGAAGGUCACGCACUGAGAUCAGAGAACCUGCAGCCUGCCAACCUGGACCACUGGGCAUCGCACAUCGUCUCAUUCCAGCCCCGCUUUGGGCAGAACAUGGACAUCAUCAUGGUAAUAGGUGGCGUGUCAGAGGGUGGAGAUUACCUGAGCGAAUGUGUGGGAUAUUUCGUCAACGAAGAUCGAUGGGUGAAUCUUCCUCACAUUCACAACCACCUAGAUGGUCACGCCACAGCCAUCACAGAGUCACAUGUCUAUGUGGCUGGCUCCAUGGAGCCUGGGUUUGCCAAGACUGUGGAGAGGUACAGUCCGAACAGAAACAGCUGGGAGCAGGUCAGCAAUCUGAUCACCAGGAAGCAUUCCUUUGGCUUGACAGCAGUGAAGGAAAACCUGUACAGCAUUGGGGGCCACGGGAACUUCAGCCCGGGAUUCAAGGACGUUGAUGUAUAUGAUCCUGAACAAGACAGAUGGCACCACUUGGAGUCGGCCCCCAAAAUACUGCGGGACGUUAAAGCCAUCAGUGUGGAAGACCGUUUUGUGUACGUUACUGCUCGCACUCCUGUGGACACGGACAAUGAGGACGGGCUGGAGACGGUGAAUGCAAAGUAUGACACGGACACGAGGCAGUGGCAGGAUGUGGAGUCUCUACCCUUGCUUGAUAAUUACUGUGCCUUCCAGAUGGCCGUUGCUACCACAAACUUUUACCACACGGCUUCGUGCUGCCCCAAGUGCUACGCUGUGACAGACAACGAGGCGAAGAAUAAAAUCUCCAGCAUGGCGGCCGAUGAGAUCCUGGAGAGCUUGCCGCCGGAGGUGCUGAGUAUCGAAGGCGCAGCCAUCUGUUACUUCCGCGACGACGUCUUCAUCAUCGGCGGCUGGAAGAACAGCGACGACAUGGACAAGCAGUACCGCAAGGAGGCGUACCGCUACUGCGCCGAGCGGAAACGCUGGAUGCUGCUGCCCCCCAUGCCUCAGCCACGGUGCCGGGCAACCGCCUGCCACGUCAGGAUCCCUUACAGGUACCUGUACGGCGCCCAGAGGUACCCAAUGCCACAGAACCUGGCCAGGCAGCAGGAGAGGCUGCAGCAGAUGCAGCGGCUGCAUCGGCGCUCGCUGUUUCUGAGGCGACAGCUGCAGCCGCAAGUCGAAUGCUGAUGUGAAUCACAUCUGGCGGCUGGAGCUGUUACUGGGUGGUGGGUGCAGAUACUAAAAAAUUCCCAACAAAGUCUGGCGCCACUGCCACGUGUAAAGGACGUGGAAUUUAAUGAAAAUCAUAGGUAACCAAUAAUUCCCGCCCUGUCGCAGCGUAAACUCUGCCCGUACUCAUGUUAAAUGCAGCUGAAUGUGGGGACUAUAUGUUGGUAGAAUAGAGUCAAACUAUUUUGGCAGUAUGCUAUUUCUAAAAAAAAAGCUUUGCCUUCAACUCAUUCAUGUUAAUUUACUCACUCCAACCCUGCUUCUACCAGCAUUUGUACACAUUUUUACAUCACAAAAUACCCAUUUUAUUUAAACAUGCAAAUAUGUUUUGUAAUUUUUAAGCGGCAUUCUUUAAGGUGACAGAAGAUGGGGGCGGCUAUCCUAUUGAGUCUUGAAAAUUCCUUCUGUUGUGCAAUAUUGUGGUCAUGGCCGCACCUAUUUGUUCUACUUCAUGUGGAUGUGCGGCAGCUUUGCUUGAAUGCUCAAACAGAAGUGGUGGAAGGUUUGUUACGGCAUUCUCAAGGGUGCGUAUAUGCACACCCGGAGCCAAGGCAUGCAGUGAUCCAGAACACAGGAUGAACAUCAGGAGUCAUAUUGUUGGCUUUAUACCCGAUUAAAGUGGCACAACUGAUCUCAGAGACAGUUUGGUCUGGGUUUUCCAGCUGUGACCAUUCACUUUGGUUACUAUAAUAAGCACUUUAAGAGGGUCAGAGCACAUGGUGACUAACAUGGUCAACCGCAUACUUAACAUUCCAGCACUGGUUGCAUUUCCCGCGUUGUUUAAAGUCAAAUCCCAUUCUAUCAUAUCAAUCGAUUGAAGUAUCAAUCACCAAUCAAAAAAAUCCAGUGCUUUGCAGAUCAGAUGGGCAACACUUGGUCUAUGUGGUCUGGGUGGAGAAAGGUUCAACAGUUUCAGCAGAGUAUUUGAUGAAGGUAGACACAAAAUGCUGGAGUAACUCAGCGGGACAGGCAACAUCUCUGGAGAGAACGAAUAGGUGACGUUCUUCAGUCUGAAGAAGGGUCUCGACCCGAAACAUCACCCAUGCCUUUUCUCCAGACAUGGUGCCUGUCCCGCUGAGUUACUCUAGCACUUUGUGUCUACCUUCGAUUUAAACCAGCAUCUGCAGUUCUUUCGUACACACAUAGUAUGUGAUGGUGCAGUUGCAAGUUAACAUUUCUGGGUGGGUUGUUACUCUCUGGAGCUGGUGUUGCCCACCUUUUCUGUUUCUCUUCUCCCCAUUCCCCACAGUCCCAGCCUCAAGGUGAGCUAAGUUUGAUGCAUAGCCCUUGUGAGCUUUGUUGUUAUUUUAUUGAAUAUCAUAUCAUCUCCUUGAUUCUGUGCACAUCUCUGAGCUCAUGAGUUUUACUAGUGAAAACCUGUACCUUUUCCUUUAUAUGUGGAUCAAGUGCACUUUGUGCAGGCCACUUCAAUACUGCAUCCACAUUAAUUUAUUAUUGUAAUUGAAAAUCCAGGAAACAGUGAAGCACAAAAGCAUCAAAUAACUCAGUUACAUCACAAUGUGCAUUGUAGUAAUGCCUGCCAUACUGUCCCUUUAAGCUGAAAUAUAUAUAUGUAUGUAUUAACUUGUUGAACACUGAGUUCUAAGAUGUAUUUUCCAAGUAUAGAUGGAUUUCUCUAAGAAACUAUGCCCAGAGGAGGUAAGGACGUCAUUUUAAAUAGGGCGUCCUAAUUUCUGUAUCAGAAGUUGCCUUGUAUUUAGAAUAAAAUUUGAGGUUUAAAAUAAUUUGUAAGAUGCCUUGGUAGAGAGGGUUUAAUGUGCAAGAGGAUAUGGUUGUGCUGUUGCUAUUUGGGUCAGUUCCCACCCUGCCUUCACCACCCUGCCUCACCAGGCUAUUUUAUUUUCGUGAGGAACACAUGCACUGCAGAUUGCCGUAAUGUCUGUAUACUUGCAUUUUAUCACUAAUGCAUCAGUUAUAAACUCUCAUUAAUUUGUCUUUGUUUUAACUACCCUAUUGUUUGCUCAGACGUGCUUUCCAAAACUGAAUAGUCGGCUUUUUUGCUGGAGUAUUUGACUUUUCGUUAUCUUAUUGUCUGUAGCCUAAGUAUAAUGCAACCUCCCACUUAGUGGGCUCAGUUGACUCACAAAUACACCAAGCAUCCAGGUUCCAUAUUACUACCUUUCCUGUUCCUGUUAACAUUUAAAAUCAAACAGGAACCUUGCGUACAUUUAUUCACUGGACCUGGUUAGAGUAUGUGCCCUGUAUCAAGUAGGAUUGCACAAUAGCCAUCAUCAUCAUUAACUUGCCUUUAGCCACUUGGUAUUACACAGCCCAGGUUAGAAUGAUGGUCCCAUCGGUUCCUGGGUAAUGGCUGAAACUAUAUGUCUUCAUUAUACUUUGACUUGUGACACUCUCUACUGCAGCUUUCAUUAUCUGUCCUUGCUAUAAGUUGAAUUCUCCAUGUAAAAACUUGUACUUGUGACAUCAAAUGGAUCAGCGCACCAAGCCAAGAAGAUGUGUUCAAAGUGUUUUGUUCAUUGAGGUAGCCUGUGAUUGAGUACUUGUGAACUGGAGACAUUAACAUGGUUAUCUACUUGUUCAGCUCAUGCUGUAAGACUUGUUCAGCUCAUGCUGUAAGUUCUGUGUCUCCUCCCCCUACAUCCAUCCACCUUCUGAAAUGAUCAUCACUUUGUGCAGUUUAAAAUGGAGUCUUUUUACGUCUGUAAUACUCUGCUGAUGAAACAUUUUAUUUUUAGACUUGUCGCGUGCAGCGUUGGAAUUGGUGGUAAGUGAAGCAGCAGCAUGGUUUCACAUGAGUUAUGAUCACUGCUUGUUUGAUGUAGAUCACUAAACACAGUGUGAAAUGUUCUGCUGUAGCUCCCCCCGGUACUCCAGUGGCAAUCAGGUGGUCUUUCCUUCACAAUGACUCCUUGCUGCCUGCUAACAGGUCUAAAGAAGGGUCCCGACCCAAAAUAUCACCCAUUCCUUCUCUCCAGAGAUGCUGCCUGUCCCGCUGAGUUACUUCAGCAUUUAGUGUCUGUUUUCAGUUUAAACCAGCAUCUGCAGUUCCUUCCUACACAAUCUUCUUUGACAGGCUCUCACCUGUAUUGCCAGAAUCCUGCGGGUGUUACAUCAGCUCUUAUGAUGAACCAUCAUUACAUUAAGAAUCAAUUUGAAUGUCUAAAGAAUUUCAUUCUUUUCAUCUUCUCCCUCCCCUUUUCAUGUUACUCCCCUCUCCAUUCCUUGCCUCUGGGGCGUUAGAUCUACCAAUCUUGUCCUGGACUAUUGAGGGGAGCUUCAGUGUCCUGGUUAAUAUGUCUAUUAACAUGCACGUAGUAAUGAUAGAUUACGUACCUCUGUUUGGCUUGCCUUGUGCCUCCAUUUAGCAUAGGUCAUUGGAUUAGUUUUUGUGUUUGGACCGUUUUACUGGCCUUUAAAUUGAUGGGUGAGCUGUAACCUAUUUGUCAAUGUACUUCUGCCAUUUGCCAUUCUGUUGUUCUGAAGUGUGUACAGUUACCAGACUAAACCCAGAGCCUGAUUGCAAGGACCAACAAUAUGGUGGGGAUGUGGUCCCAACUGUUUCACUGGUCCUGUCCUCAGACUGGUGUCAAUUUUCAUCAUGUUUUGUUUCUUUGGAUUUAUGAUUCUGAUAUGUAUGUUUUAAUCCCCAAAAUCAUCCAGGGUUAUUUCUCGCUCUUGCGUUUGUUUUUUCCGAAAUACCUUGAGAAUUGAUAAUGAAUCUCUCGGAGCAAGCAGAGUUACAUGUCUAAACGAACGCGUUGUUGGUGGCUGCGUGUGUGAUCUGUGUACAUGCACGCACACACGAACACCUCUGCUGAUUUAUAUUUUUCUCUCUUUGGCCAAGACAACAGAGACUUUUUUCUCCCUUGCAGUCAAGUGAGAGGAAAAUAGAUAAAUUCCACUGUAAAUCCUGAGCUAUUUAUUUGGACAAAUAAUUCGUUAAAUUUAUCUGCAACAUCAUGGGAGAUUUUAUUUUGUCUCUUUUGUCAAAAGCUUUGUUUAAAAUGAAGUGAGCUUUUCCGCUCACUCUGAGAUGGAUAUGUGCAGAUGGCUGAGAGCGGUGUGAUCAUGUUGAAUUGUGAGAGAGUAUCGAUGAUCAGAAUGGUGUGUGUUGUCAUUCUGAGUCCACCAUUUGAAACAUUGACAUCCAGGUUGUCGGGACUUCGCAGAUCCUGUCUACAAUGCAUGUGCAUGCUCUGCAAUGUGUUACUCAUCCACUCAUUUUUAUAAAAUAAAUAGCUUCUCAAUAAAAGUUACAUUUAUUGUGGA